AAAACUUAGAAAUAUCAUAACCGAAAUCGAACAGUCUACUCAUUUCAUUCCAUUCUCUCCAACUACAUCUCUAACACCCGAUAUACAUCACCAUGAAUGUGCUAAAUGUAAACAACCUAUCAGCUGCAAAGCAACUAAUAACCUACAUUAUUUAGCAGCAGAUGCUAUACUGUUUAAUGACAAACCUUACCACAAAUUGUGUACUGAAACUGAACCUACCUCACAACAAACUUCUUCCUCUUAUAAUACACAACAAGAUUCUUCUACUAGUAAGGAUACAUUUAUCCAAAAACUACAACAAUCAUUAAAUGAAUAUAGAUCUAAUAACCUGUUAUCUUCUGGACUCG